UGCACGUAAUCGAAUUCGUCGGAAAAAGUCUACCGACUUAACUUUCCUUUCUCCUUCAUUCCUCUCUUUGUAACUAAAAGCCCCACGCAAUGACGACGCUAACCACCUUCCUCCUCGCUUCUCAAAUCUUCCCGCUUCCUCCUCAAACGUACAUCGGACGCUACCUUUCUCCGUCUACGUCGGAACCUUCCCCCGUCAAAUCCACCGUCCGAUUCUCCCCGAUCGUCUCCGGUCUCUGGAAUCAUAUUGUGGAAUCAACAGAUUGACAGUCGACGGCGAAACCUUCCCCGUCCAAUUCUCCCCGAUCGUCUCCUAUCGUUGAUUGAUUGUGUAGGGAUUUUAAGUUUGCGUCGGUGGCGAAGGAUCGAUGGAGAGAUCUAGUAAAUGCGCUGUUUGCUACUCUUCGUUUCGUGCUUCGAUUUGCGUAGCGUGUGUUAAUCGCAGCUUACACGAAUGCAAAACUGUGUUGGACUCGUUGAAGAGCCGUCGAGAGGUUUCGUACUCGAGACUGAGUAGCUUGCUCGUCGCUAAGGAGAGAGAAAUGAUUCAGCAGUGUUGGAUGGAUCUUCACAACGAGAAGCUUGAUAAGCUGCGGGACAAGCUUGAGCUACAAGUGGAGAAGCUACAGAAAAGCAAAAGCACGUUUCGGAGACUAUCUAGCAAUCUGAAAGAGAGAUAUGGCGUUAUUGAAUCGACUAAUGUUGCUUUGGAGAAGAGCCGUGUUCGCCAACUGGAGAAUCACUUUUCAGAUACUAUUGGCAAUCACUACUUAGUAUAUAUCGAGCUUACUUCAGAACGCCUUUAUAAACAGGCUUUGGUUAUGAAACAGAUAUGCAAGUUAUUCCCUCUAUCAAAAGUGACGGUAGAGGGCCAUAACAAGUAUGGGAGUAGUGGACAGUAUGAUCAAAUCUGCAAUGCUAUCCUACCACAAGGUCUCAACCCACUCUCUGUUCCGCCAAAAGAGCUCGCAGCCUCUUUAGGGUACAUGGUGCAGCUUCUGAAUCUUGUUGUCCAUAAGCUCGCAGUGCCUGCACUCCAUAACUUGGGUUUUGGGGGUUCUUGUUCAAGAAUAUGGCAACGAGAGUCGUAUUGGAAAUCUCACCCGUCUUCUCCAAGCGACGAGUAUCCUCUCUUUGUACCAUCCCAUGAUUACUUCUCCGUUGAAGGGAAAAGUUCCUGGACGGGUAGAGAUACAACCAAUUUUGGUGUCACUUCACUGAAAUCAGAUGGAAGUGUAGAAGAAGAUUACCAUGACCUCGACGUGGUCAACCUCUCCUCUGCAUCUCCACAUUCUGUCGAAACGUUCAGAAAUGUGCAGAGAGGGAUUGCACAUCUCAAGCAAAGCGUGGCUCACUUAACUGUGUACGGCUACAGUUCCCUGUCUAUGGAAGUUCCUUCCGGAGCCUCGACUUUUGAAACAUUCGCAAAGUUGCUGAACACAUUGUCUUCAAUCAAGGAAGUUCAAUCUGCUCUUUCUCAUGGUUUGUCAAGUUCCAGCAAACAAAGACACGAGCCGAACAAAUCAGUGUGGAAUCUGAACUCCUCAAGCUCCAGCACCAUGCUGAACAGCUCUCAUAUUCAGCCUACGUCGUGGAACAACAAAAGCUAUUAUAAUGUUCCAAAUCGAGAUCCCAGCUCUAUUGACGAGUGGAAUUUGGUGGAGUAUCCUCAUUUUUCACAUCAAGCUAUGAAGUUCAAUUUUCCCAACAAGUAUUGAACAUCUCAAGGUAUAUUGUAUUCCCACAAAGAUCCACGAUAAUAGGAAAAUACAUCUUACCUGGAACCCAGAUCGUUGAUAUUGUUCAUACCAAAUGCAUCCUCAAUUCUAGGCAAGCCCUGGAACCUAUUGUGUCUAUUGUGUUACUCUUGAGACCUUAUGUUGUAAUUAUUAUUGGGAUAAUUGGAUUUGCUUGACCGGUUUUAAUUCUGGUUUGCAUUGGUUAAGUUUUCUUUUGCUAAAUCAUGUGUAUAUAUAAAAUUAAGUGUACAUUGUUUAUGGAUUAUGCUGAGUAACACACUUUUUGAGCAUUGCAUCCUUUC